GUGAUUGUCCAUGAAGUACCUGGUCAGGAGCUGGAGGUGGAAGUGUUUGACAAAGACCCAGACCAGGAUGACUUCCUGGGGAGGGUUAAGGUUGAUCUUGAUAUUGUGAGGAAGGCCAGAAUUGUUGAUGAUUGGUUCAGUCUGAGGGACGUCCCAUCUGGCAGCGUUCACCUGCGCCUGGAGUGGCUCUCUCUGCUGUCCUCUGCUGACAGACUGAGCGAGGUGAUUCAGAAGAACCAGAACUUUACGGCAAAGACGUCCGAUCCGCCAUCUGCUGCCAUCCUCGCUAUCUACCUUGACCAAGCCUAUGAGCUGCCUAUGAGGAAAGGGAACAAGGACCCGAGUCCAGUGGUGCAGAUUUCCAUUCAGGAUACAACUAAAGAAAGCAAGACUUGUUAUGGGACUAAUGGUCCAGUGUGGGAGGAUGCCUUCACCUUCUUCAUUCAAGACCCUCACAAGCAAGAUAUUGACAUUCAGGUGAAGGAUGAUGAUCGCUCCUUUUCCUUGGGCAGUCUGGCGAUCCCUCUGAGCCGUCUUCUGGAGUCCCCUGAUCUCACCUUGGACCAGUGGUUCCAUUUGGACAAUUCGGGUUCAGCCAGUCGCAUCUACAUCAAAAUUGUUCUUAGGAUUUUGUGGCUAAGUGAUGACACCACUCCUACGACUCCGUCUCCUCGCCCAUCAUCCUCAGGGUCUGGGAUGAGUCAAGGAGAAACCACAUCAGACCUGAAUCCUGCGGGACCCGGCGGACUCACCACACCUCAAUCAACCCGACCCCAGCACACCACACCUGAUCCAGAGUUUGCAACUGAAGGAGUGUUACGGAUCCAUCUGGUGGAGGCCCAGAACCUGAUCGCCAAAGACAACUUCAUGGGGGGCAUGGUGAAAGGGAAGAGCGACCCGUAUGUGAAGGUUCGUGUAGCUGGGAUAACUUUCCGCAGCCACACCAUCAAAGAAAACCUCAACCCUGUCUGGAAUGAACUUUUUGAGGUGAUUUUGACCCAGCUUCCAGGUCAAGAAAUCCAGUUUGAGUUGUUUGACAAAGACAUUGAUCAAGACGACUUCCUUGGCAGAUUCAAGCUUAACCUGAGAGACAUCAUCAGUGCACAAUUCAUUGAUACGUGGUACACCUUAAACGAUGUAAAGUCUGGUCGAGUUCACCUGGUGUUAGAGUGGCUGCCCAGAGUCUCUGAUCUACCCAGACUGGAACAGGUCCUGCAGUAUCAGUCCCAGCAGUCGUACCAAAACAAAGUCGUCCCGUCAGCGGCUGUUCUGUUUGCGUACGUGGAGCGGGCUCACGGCCUGCCGUUAAAGAAGAACGGAAAGGAGCCCAAGGCCGGAGCUGAGAUUCUUCUUAAGAGUGUUUCUUAUAAAACCAAGAUUUGUGAGCGAUCCACGUCUCCUCGAUGGGAUGAGGCCUUUCACUUCCUGGUUCGUGACCCCAGAGAUGAAAUGCUCACGGUAAAGCUCUCCCACAGCUGGGGUCAGUCUCUCGGGUCCUUGACUCUCCCUCUGAGGGAGGUGUUGGCUGAGCCGGACUUGGUGCUGGAUCGCUGGCUCGGUUUGGACGGAGCUCUGCCCGAGAGCCAGAUACUCCUGAGGGUCACACUCAAGAAACCUUUCAAUUCUAAGACCCCUGUGGGGGCUGCUUCUCUCUUGGCCCCCAGUGGCCCUCAGCUCAUUGACCUCUACACGUAUCACGUGGCCCCUGUAGGUAGUGAGGGAUGGUGCACGAGACAGGGCCCGAGCAGAGAGAUGGGAGAGUGGGUGGGGGUUCAGAAGCAAUAG